CAUAGCGCUCAGCAUGAACGCUCCGUGGCAAAAGGAUGUGCGAGCAAGCAGCGCGCUACUGCAGGGACGGUGUCCACAAACUCCUCCACAAAGAACAACCCAAACUCCGGGCGCAGGACAGCAAAGAACAACCCAAACCAGGAGCCCGGGACAGCGAGACAGCGACGGCUGCACAGUCCGGCAACAGCGGCGCCCAGCCGGGUGGAAUUGACGGGCUCGUCCGCUGGAUAGUUACCAAGAUGAGCGACAACAAAAGCAUCUCUUCCCGGGAAUACGCGAAGGAGGAGGCGGCAGUAGCCCAGGAGCAGUUUUUCGCCCCGGAGCCGCGAAAAGGCAUCUCCGUGAUAUUGGAUAUUUUCCGGAGGGCUGAUAAGGAUGACGACGGGAAGCUCUCUCUGGACGAGUUCCAGGCCUUCUUCUCCGACGGGACGCUCAACGAGGAGGAGCUGGAGAAGCUGUUCCACACCAUCGACUCGGACAAUACCAGUAAUGUUGACACCAGAGAGCUCUGCGACUACUUUGCCAAACACAUGGGAGACUAUGAGGACGUCCUGGCCUCCCUAGAGACCCUCAACCUGUCCAUCCUGAAGGCCAUGGACUUCACCAAGAAGGUCUAUGAACGGGGGUCCAACGUGGAGCAGUUUGUGACCCGCUUCCUGUUGAAGGAGUCGGCCAAUCAGAUCCAGUCCCUGCUGAACUCCGUGGAAAGCGCUGUGGAUGCCAUUGACGAGCAGCACAGCCAAUCAGGGCAGUACCCCAGUAAGACCAGUCCACGCGUGCCAGAUGGUCGCUAUGUGACUCCGGUGCCAGACUACCCCCCCAAUAACAGGGUCAGCGCCAGGGAGGCCGUGAGGAACAUCAGCGCCGCUGCAGGGCCUGUGGAAGUGAGGAAGGAGGGGCUAGAGGCACAAAUUAACCGUCUGGCCGAGCUGAUUGGACGGCUGGAGAACAAGACUGUGUGGUUUGAUCUUCACCAGAGGCUAACUGAGACAGAUGGCACGGCCAGCGCUUCCCUCUAUCUGAUUCGUCAGGAGAUGACCGUAUCCCAGAAGCACCUGGGGGAGUUCUGUGAGGCCCUGAAACAGUACCUGAAGAACGUCUCAGCCCAAAGAGACUGCUUCCACGUGACUGCGGUUCGCCUGCCAGACGGAGUGUCCUUUGUCGUGUAUGAGUUCUGGGACGGAGAAGACGAAUGGAAGCAGCACCUGCAGACGGCGGCCUGUAAGGCCUUCCAGCACGUCAAAGUGGACACGCUGUGCCAGCCGGAGACCGUCUCCACCGUCGCUGUGCCAGCUGCCUGGUGCACCCUGAACAGAGACUGAUGUGGGCGGAGCCUCUGGGCAGGUCCGCCCCCCCCCCUUCCCAGGCCCCACCCCCUGGCCCAGAACCCCUCUCUCUGCAGAAGCCUGAAUUACCCCUCUUCUCUUUACCCCCACCCCCGUCCCCUCUCUGUCCCAUACAGAAUUCCCUCUCCUCAGUCUUCACUUCUUUUUGUAACAGGUCUCCAAACACCCCCCCCCCCUUGUCUGUCAGAUAGCAUACUGAAACACAGCAAAGGGGCCGUAGGGUCUCAAAGGCCUUUAUAAUGUGUCUGAGAUCGGUAAAGGAAGAAUAAAUUAAUAAUCAAUGAGCUCACCCCCCCGCACCCCCCCCCCCCCAGCACUCCGAUCUACACUGAGAGGUAUCCCUGCACCCCUCCCUGCCCUAGACCCAGUCUUACAAGCACAAUGUAUAUGAAUACGCUAAUUUACUAAAUAAAAUAUAUACAGAAAUAUAUAUGGAAAGAAGAUUAAAUAUAUAAAACUGAAAGGAUUUUGUCUUAGUUUUAUCUUAAACGAACAGUUUAUCGUAAAAUCAUUACCAACAGUCUUCAUGACAUUUCCCUCCUGGCUGAUGACCAAGGAUGAAACUCAUGGAGUAGAGCUAGGUCUCUCACUCUCUUUUUCUCUCUCUCUCUCUCUCACUCACUCUUUUCUGUCUGCACAUUUUCUUACUAACAGAGUAAGCCGUAGUACUGCUCAUCGCAUGACCAGAAACUGGAAGCCCACACCACAACCAAAGUGUCUCGCGUUUAUGACAUCACAGAUUGACAGGACUGUUCUGACCAAUGGGGCCUGCCUCCCCGCCUCCCCGCCUGGCCCGGGCUCUAGAUUCUGGUCACUGCGAGACGUCACAUCAUCAGGCCCUCGAUAUUUUGGCUGAGCCCUGUCAGACAGCAAGCGAGCGGAGGUUCAGGGAUAGACAGGGGAUGUUUUUUAUUUAUUUAUUUUUUGGGUUUUGUUUACUUUUUGGGUUUUGUUGGACCCGGCUUGCAGGCGUGGGGGCGACCAUCUUGAAAAACCGUGUCCCCAGCUCCUCUGCAUGACCUCUGGACGUCAGCUUUGGGUGCUCGGCUGUGCACGAAACAGCGGGGCAACGUUCUCCAAAACGUUUUCUUUUAUUCCUUCCCUCCGACUCUCUCUCUCUCUCUUUCACUUUAGAAUUGGUGCAUGUUCUCCUAAACGUACUGUAUCUUACUUGGCGUAGAAAUUAGCUGUGCUACUUUUAAUGGGUUUUUGUGCAUUUCUUACUUUUCUUUUAUAAUAAUCCUUUGACUGACGAAAAAAAAUAAAAAAAAAUAGAAAAUGUACUGUACGUCCGAUACAGAGAAUGACACGUUUUCACUUUUAUGGCUUUGAUUGAACAGUUAUUCCUAUACUUCUGUAUGUUUCUGUAAACUUGCUUUCUCUCUUAAACUGAGCGUAGAGACUUACAGCGGGGAUGCAAGUGAUAUAUUUCGUCUGAACAUUGUUUAAAUUCUAGCUCAUGUAGAGUGAUGAUGCUCAGAACCAAUAAAGCUAAUGUACUGGGAUAAAACCCUGUAAAAU